ACUGUAAUAGUGAUACACUUGAAAACAAACAGAAUCUAACUGUAACUCAUGUCUUUGUGUUUCGAACUUGGGGAAGAUUACAUGGUUUCAGUAUCUGUAUUUUUUUAAUAGUUUCUACUGCAAAUCGGUAACGCUUUGCUCAUGUUAAUUGAAAAGAUCGAAACUUUGGUGUAGCUUCUGUGUGUUCUGACAUUGCACACCACCUGCUCGAUAAAUUGUCUGCAAUAUUUGCUCGUCCACAUAGGUAACGUUUUCAACAAGAAACGAUGAAACAACGUUCAUGUCCUGAUAGCCAGUUUUGGAGGAGGGCUAACUUCUUGUUCGGCUACAGCAGAUGACUUCUUAUGCAUUUACUAAGAUAGAUGCUUCUCUGAAUGACAUGUCUUUCAAGUUGAACCUUCCACACACAUUCCUUUCGCAAGGAGGUGUUUCCUAGGAUCAAAAGAAACUUCGAUCGAGAUGGAAAAAAUAUUAAGAUCAGGAGCUAAGGCUGCCUUCAGAAACAGUCAGAUACCGGCGAGAUUAAGUGUGGUAUCAACCAUCAAGACCGAAGAGUCGAUGAAUGAUCACAUCGAUUCCCUCUGUAAACAAAAGUCUUACAGGGAAGCAAUGGAAGCGUUUGACUUUGCACAGAAGAACUCAAGCUUCAAGAUAAGGUUAAAGACCUAUGGUUCUCUAAUUUGUGCUUGCUCUUCUUCUAGGUCUCUAGCACAAGGCAGAAAGAUACAUGAUCAAAUCUCGAAAUCCGACUGCAAGCACGAUACUGUUCUCAACAAUCACAUUCUAAGCAUGUAUGGGAAAUGUGGCUCGCUGAGGGAAGCUAGAGAGGUUUUUGAUUUUAUGCCUCAGAGGAACUUGGUUUCUUACACAUCUGUGAUUACUGGCUACUCGCAGAACGGUCAGGAAAGGGAGGCGAUCAAACUGUAUAUGGAAAUGCUUCGGGCAGGUUUAGUUCCAGACCAGUAUUCAUUUGGUAGCAUCAUCAAAGCCUGUGCCAGUGCUGGUGAUGCUGUGUUAGGGAAACAACUGCAUACUCAAGUCAUCAAGCUUGAACCCAGUUCUAGUCUUUUUGCUCAAAAUGCUUUGAUUGCUAUGUAUGUUAGCUUUGGUCGAAUUACAGAUGCAAGGAAAGUGUUCUGUGGCAUCCCAGUGAAGGAUGUAAUCUCCUGGGGUUCAAUCAUCGCAGGUUACUCGCAACUUGGGUACGAGUUUGAGGCACUGGGGCACUUAAAAGAUAUGUUGUCUUAUGGUGUUUUCCAGCCAAACGAAUAUAUAUUUGGUAGCUCCUUAAAAGCUUGUAGCAGUCUCCUUCGAGCAGAUUAUGGAAGCCAAAUACAUGGUUUGUGCAUUAAGUCUGGCUUCUCUGAAGACGCGUUUGCAGGCUGCUCUCUCUGUGACAUGUAUGCUAGAUGUGGUUUUCUGAGCUCUGCGAGGAGAGUGUUUUAUCUGAUAGAAAGGCCUGACACAGCUUCAUGGAACGUGAUUAUAGCUGGACUUGCGAAUAACGGCUACGCUGAUGAGGCUGUGUCGUUUUUCUCUCAGAUGAGGAGCUCUGGUUAUGCUCCUGAUGCUACCUCCUUGCGUUCUUUGCUCUGUGGUCAGACAAACGAAAUGGGUCUGCGUCAAGGCAGGCAGAUUCACUCUUUCAUCGUCAAGUACGGUUUGGUUACAGAUCUUUCGGUCUGCAACUCUCUGCUUACCAUGUACAGCUGCUGCUCGGAUUUGUACUGUUGUUUUAAGAUGUUUGAAGACUUAAGAAACGAAGCAGAUUCGGUUUCUUGGAAUGCUAUUCUGACGGCGUGUUUGCGACAUGAACAGCCAGCAGAGGUGUUGAGAUUGUUUAAGAUGAUGCUUGUCUCUGAAUGUGUGACAGAUCACAUAACCAUGGGUAAUCUGUUACGUGCUUGUGUGGAAAUCUCCUCUUUAAAACUAGGAAGUCAAGUCCAUUGCUACAAUUUUAAAACUGGCUUGGUUCUUGAACAGUUUAUAAUAAACGGACUCAUUGAUAUGUAUGCCAAGUGUGGGUCAUUGGAGCAAGCGAGAAGGGUGUUUGAUUCAAUGGAUGAUAACAAAGACGUUGUUUCGUGGAGCACCUUGAUAGUUGGAUAUGCACAGUCUGGAUUUGGUGAAGAAGCUCUCACAUUGUUCAAGGCAAUGAAAAGUUCAGGCAUAGAGCCAAACCAUGUAACGUUCGUCGGUGUUCUUACUGCUUGUAGUCAUGUUGGGUUGGUGGAAGAAGGCUUGAAGCUGUAUGCAAUCAUGCAAAGUGAACACAGGAUCGCACCGACUAAAGAGCAUUGCUCUUGCGUAGUCGAUUUGCUAGCUCGUGCUGGACAUUUAGAUGAAGCUGAGAAAUUCAUCGAUGAAAUGAAGUUGGAACCUGAUGUGGUCGUGUGGAAGACUCUACUCUCUGCUUGUAAAACCCAAGGAAACGUUGAUCUCGCUCGAAAAGCUGCUGAAAACAUUCUGAACAUCGAUCCUUUUAACUCUACAGCUCAUGUAUUGCUCUGUGGGAUACAUGCUUCUUCUGGUAACUGGGAAGAUGCUGCGUUGAUGAGGAGCUCGAUGAAAAGACAUGAUGUUAAGAAGGUUCCGGGACAGAGCUGGAUUGAAGUUAAGGAUGAAAGGCAUGUAUUCUUUGCUGAGGACGUUCUUCAUCCAAAGAGGGAUGAUAUAUAUACAGUCUUGCAAAACAUUUUCGUGGAGAUGCUUGAUGAGAGUAGGCCACAACACAAGAGAAGACUUUAGAUGUGAUUAUUGCACCUUCUCUUUCAUAGAAAAUGUCCAUUUGAUAUUAUUAUUUUUUGUUACUUAAAGAAUCUAUUCUGUUAAAAAUGAAAAAUACUUUCCUAUUUUAAGUGAUUUUUAACAGAUUUUCUUUC